AUGUUUGACUCCACCCUCAUGGCCUCGUCGCACCCGGUAAUCACCUCCUACUUCCACGCCUCCAACUCGGCCUCCUGGCUCUCAACCGCCUUCCUCUUGACUUCCACCUCACUCCAACCUCUCAUGGGCCGGCUGUCCGACACCAUCGGCCGCCGACCUCUCUACCUCUCCGGUCUUGUCAUCAUCACAGCAACGACAGCAUGGUGUGCUUUCGCCCAGUCCAUCGGCUCCUUCAUCGCCGCCCGCGCCUUCUGUGGUAUCGGCGCCGCCGGCGUCCUCUCCAUGGGCAACGUCAUGACCAACGAUCUGGUCAGCAUCGACGUCCGCGGCACGUACCAAGCGUACAUCAACCUUUUCUACGGCGGCGGCUCAGCCUGCGGUGCAGCUUUUGGCGGCUUCUUGUGCGAUAAACUGGGCUGGCGGAUGACGUUUGCCAUCCAGAUCCCCGUCUUCGUUCUUCUCUUAAUAAACGCUUUCUUCACCACACCCUCCACCCUCGGCCCAAAUCUGCACAAGCGGUCAGGCUUAGGAAUACGAGAUGCUAUGCGCGGCUUCGACAUUGCUGGGUCGAUCCUGCUCACCGGCUCUGUCGCAGCCCUCAUCUUAGGCCUCAAUCUCGGAGGCAAUGUGUACCCGUGGAAGCACCCGUUUGUAAUCACAUCGCUCAUCGUUGCCGGCGUCGCUGGUUCUGUGCUGAUCCGCGUCGAGAGCCGGGCGAAGCGCGCUGUCAUGCCCCUGCCCAUGCUGUUCAGUAGACCGAGGGGGAGUCUGGUGUUCAACAAUUUCUUUGCUGCGCUGGGCAUCAACACAAUUCUCUUCAACGCGCCGUUGUACUUCCAAGCCGUCAAGCUCGAGUCAGCUUCGGUGUCUGGCUUUCGUCUUGGCGGGCCCUCCCUCGCGCUGACCGUCUGCGGAGUGAGCUGUGGAUUCAUCAUGACAGCCACGGGGCGGAUGAAGUGGCUCAUCGUCGUCGGCACAAUAUCAAUGCUCGUCGGGAGCGUAUGCCUGAGUGCCAUGUGGGACGGUAUCCCAGCAUGGCUGGCGAGCAUCUUCCUCAUCCCAUCGAGCAUUGGACAGGGUCUUUCGUUCCCUGCAACCUCUCUCGCUGUCCUCGCGACGAGUACGCAGGAAGACCAAGCCGUCAUGACCAGUACCCUGCUCCUCUGGCGCAGCUUGGGCGUUGUCAUGGGCGUGUCGUUCAGCAGUCUGAUUCUGCAAAACGCACUGACCGCGUAUCUAAAUCGACUCGUCACCGGACGACACAAAGACGAGAUCAUCCUCACAGUCCGCAAAUCCGUCCGCAGUAUCGUAGAUCUCGACCCCAAGCAUCAAGCGCAGGUCAUCGACGCCUACAACCGCAGUUUGAAACUGACCUUCGUCUCGGCGAUCGUCGUCUUCGCCGUAGCCAACGCGCUUGUCCUAGCCAUCCAGCUGCCGAGGCUGAAGAAGAAGGACGUAAACGAGGAGGUGGAAGGCGAGGAGGCUGGAUAG